GUCUGGUUCUGAGGAGGGGAGUCCCACUGAGUUGACUUGGGUUUACUCCCAAAUAAACAUGCAUUGGGUUGCAGCCCUUAUGUCAACCCUGUUUCUUGUAAUUAUUAUCUAGGUAGCCACUCCUUUUUGGAAAGGUAUGUGUUUAAAUUGAGUCCAUUCCAGCCAAAUGCAACUUGAUCUCUGCCCAACUUCUGCAUUAAAACCUGUUUUUCUUCUCUUCUUUUCCUCCCCCCUGGUUGCUUUAAAAAAACAACAACACCAAAGACAGAAAUCAACCACCAUUUUAGUUCCUCAAAAUCUUCAUUUUGGGAAGUGCUCUUUCUGCAUGGAAGACUGUUAGCUGAUCUGGCAGUUCCGGCAGAAAUGGAAUUUGUUUUAACCCCAGAUGGUGUGCUGAAAUUAUGGUCUACGCUGCUUGUCGGGGAAGAGAAGCGUGUCGGGACGCGGACUGUUCUCGUCGGCCACCGCCCGGUUUCCGAAAGAGAGACCUACGUGCCCCAGAAAUUUUGCUCCAAUCAAAUUGUCUCUUCCAAGUACACAGUCUGGAAUUUUCUCCCCAAAAAUCUCUUCGAACAGUUCAGAAGAAUCGCCAACUUCUACUUCCUCAUCAUUUUCCUUGUCCAGGUCAUAGUGGACACACCAACCAGCCCCGUCACCAGCGGUCUUCCUCUUUUCUUCGUCAUUACAGUGACGGCUAUUAAGCAGGGUUAUGAAGAUUGGCUGCGUCACCGGGCGGACAAGGAAGUGAACAAAAGCACUGUCAUCGUGAUCGAAGGUGCAGAGCGGGUGAAGAAAGAAUGUGAAAACAUUAAGGUUGGCGACAUCGUAGAAGUGUCGGCCGAUGAAACCUUUCCCUGCGAUCUGAUCUUCCUCGCCUCGAAUAGCAAGGAUGGGUCUUGUUAUGUCACAACCGCUAGCCUCGAUGGAGAGUCGAAUGUCAAGACCCACUAUACAGUGCAGGAUACAGCCAACCUCUGUACGUGCCAAGCCCUAAAUCACCUUAUUGCCACCAUAGAAUGUGAACAGCCUCAGCCAGACCUCUACAGGUUUGUGGGGCGAAUUAACAUCUACAAGCGCAACCAAGAGCCAGUAGCCAGGCCGCUGGGUCCCGAGAACCUCUUGUUAAAAGGUGCAACGUUAAAAAAUACCCCUAAGAUCUACGGGGUUGCUGUCUACACUGGAAUGGAAACCAAAAUGGCUUUGAACUAUCAAGGGAAGUCUCAGAAACGCUCUGCAGUGGAAAAAUCAAUCAAUGCCUUCUUGAUUGUCUAUUUGUGCAUUCUCCUGGGCAAGGCGACGGUGUGUACCACGCUGAAGUACAUCUGGGAAAGCAUUCCGUCGAAUGACGAGCCUUGGUACAAUCACAAAACCCAAAAGGACAGAGAAACCUUCAAGCUCUUAAAGACGUUCACCGAUUUCCUGUCCUUCAUGGUUCUGUUCAAUUUCAUCAUCCCGGUCUCCAUGUAUGUGACGGUUGAGAUGCAGAAAUUCUUGGGUUCCUUCUUCAUUUCAUGGGAUAAAGAGAUGUACGAUGAGACCCGGCAGGAAGGGGCCUUGGUGAACACCUCCGACCUCAACGAAGAGCUUGGCCAGGUCGAAUACGUGUUCUCUGAUAAAACGGGGACUUUAACCGAAAACACCAUGGAGUUCAUUGAAUGCAGCAUCGACGGCUUCAAGUACAGCGGCAUCUUUUCGGAAGUGGACGGGGCGAAGGCUUCCAUAAAAGCAGAGAGGAGUCGAGAGGAGCUGUUCAUGCGGGCCCUGUGCCUCUGCCACACCGUCCAGGUCCAGAAAGGAGAUGAAGUCGAUGCAGGGACGUCUCAAGCAGGCGGGUCGCAGAAAUACGUCGCCGCUUCCCCGGACGAAAUCGCCUUGCUACAAGGAGCUCAAAAGUAUGGUUUCACUUUUCUAGGACAAGAAAAUAACUUCAUGAAGGUACAGAACCCAAAGAAGGAGAUUGAAAGGUUUCACCUCCUGCACGUUCUGGAUUUCGACUGUGUCCGUCGCCGGAUGAGCGUCCUUGUGAAGACAAAGGAGGGAAGACUGUAUCUGUUCUGCAAGGGAGCUGACUCGGCCGUUUUCCCAAGGGUCCCGCCAGAGGAAGCACAGAAGACCAAAGUACACGUCGAGCGUAAUGCAUUGGACGGCUUUCGAACUCUCUGCGUAGCCUACAAAGAAAUAUCGGCCGCCGAAUACAAAGAGAUCGAUGGCCAGAUCAAGGAGGCGACCAUGGCGCUGCAGGACCGAGAAGCCAAGAUGGCCCAGGUCUUUGACGGGAUUGAGAAAAACAUGCACUUGAUCGGCUCCACGGCAGUGGAAGACAAGCUCCAAGACCUGGCUGCCGAAACCAUCGAGGCCUUGCACGCGGCGGGCAUGAAGAUCUGGGUGCUGACGGGGGACAAGAUGGAGACGGCCCAGGCCACCUGCUACGCCUGCCGGCUCUUCCAGACCAGCACGGAGCUGCUCCAGCUGACGGCCAAAGUCCUCGGGGAGGGAGACCGCAAGGAGGAUCAUCUGCAUGAGCUGCUGGUGGAGUAUCACAAGAAGCUGGUGAUGGACGCUCCCCGUGGGAAGCGAAGCUGGAUGCUCAGUCAGGAGUAUGGGCUGGUUAUUGACGGGGCCACCCUGUCUCUGAUACUGAACCCUUCUCAAGACCCCCACGCCGGUCAGUACAGGAGCAUCUUCCUGCAGAUAUGCUUGAAGUGUACGGCGGUGUUGUGCUGUCGGAUGGCCCCUUUACAGAAAGCCCAGAUCGUUCGAAUGGUGAAGAAUUCGAAGGGCAGCCCCAUCACGCUUGCCGUCGGAGACGGAUCUAACGACGUUAGCAUGAUUUUAGAAGCUCACGUGGGCAUAGGUAUCAAAGGAAAAGAAGGCCGCCAAGCUGCCCGAAACAGUGACUACGCCAUCCCGCGGUUUAAAGACUUGAAAAAGUUGCUGUUGGCGCACGGCCAUUUGUACUACGUGAGAAUCUCACACCUUGUACAGUAUUUCUUCUACAAGAAUCUUUGCUUCAUUUUCCCACAAUUUUUGUACCAGUUCUUCUGCGGCUUUUCGCAACAGCCUCUCUAUGAUGCUGCUUAUCUUACCAUGUUCAACAUCUGCUUCACCUCUCUGCCGAUUGUGGCCUACAGUCUGCUGGAACAGCACAUUCCUAUUGACACCCUGAUGGCCUUUCCAAAGUUAUACCUGAACGUUUCCGAUAACGCCAUGUUGCAGCUGAAGCCCUUCUUAUACUGGACCUUCCUGGGCCUUUUUGAUGGCUGCGUCUUCUUCUUUGGGACUUAUUUUCUUUUCCAAGAGACUUCCUUAGAGAACAGCGGAAAGAUGGCGGGGAACUGGACAUUUGGGACAAUGGUUUUUACCGUAUUGGUCUUCACCGUCACCUUAAAGUUGGCCUUAGACACCCGGUUCUGGACAUGGAUGAACCACUUUGUGAUUUGGGGAUCCUUGGGCUUCUAUGUGUUUUUCUCGUUCUUCUGGGGAGGAAUCCUUUGGCCUUUUCUGAAGCAGCGACGGAUGUUCCACGUCUUCGCCCAGAUGCUGACGUCCAUGUCGAGCUGGCUAGCCAUCUUUUGCCUCAUCUUCCUCUCCCUCCUCCCAGACAUCCUUGUCCUCCUUUUCCGAAACCUGAAACGAAAAACCCACCAGCCCGAUUCUGUGGAGCUGCCGAUGCUGGUGUCUUACAGGCAGGUGGAGAACGGUUUUCCCUCCGACGCGAGAUCCAGAGCAGAUAUGCCUCAUUUUCCAGAACCUUCUCAUCUCAGGAUACUUCGGAUGCAAAGAUUGUAAGUUCAGCUCACGGGCACCAAUGAGCCACGUCAAGACGGUCCUGGGGCGCAGCCGUGCCCAUGGAGAAAGGAUGCAAAGCCUUUGCUGCAUUUAGUUUCACAUUGGAAGAUGCUGGUUUGCUUUGAACUUCCAAAGAUCAGAGAAAGAGGGGGGUUCUUGAACACACACACACACACCCUUCUUGAUGCCAGUUUUAAGAAAGCAAACUGCUGGAAAGCUGUAGGACUGGGACGCCCUGAAAUGGAAGACAGGUCUUCUCGCUGGCCUUGGUUCGUGUCCUUCCGGGAAAGGUGAAGACUUGCUUCUAUUUUUUAAUUUCUUCCCAACCAAAGAAAGCCCAGGCUGCAUCUUCCACUUCUCACGGACCUCACCAGAAAAGUCUUUUGUGUCCUUCUGUGGCACAGCCGCACAUUGGAACCACGUUCCAUUGGCGUGGUGGUUUGUUACCCACCCGCACCCUAUUCUUAUUACAAGAAUGUGCACCUUGGAAAUAGAUGUGUUUUAUGACCUUCCCAUUAGCUCGUCAGGAAUAAUUGCCGGGGGGGAGGGAAGGGAAUCUGCUCUCUGAAAGGCCUGCUGUGGCUGUAAGUGCAGGUCAGUGAAAUGAGGGUUGGGCUCCUGUAAGUAAAGGCAUUGGGGAAGAUCAGCAAGCUGAUGAAAUGUACAAACUCUUCACUUUUUUAAAAAAAAGCUCUCUUCUGCAGCUUGUUCCUUUCUUCCUCAAUGGUGGAGCCAGCCUUUAAAAAAUGAAUGCAUGUUUAUUUUCUGGAAUUCUCACAUAGCAUCCUUUGGCCAUCUAAAAAGAUCAGCCUUGCAUUUUUCAGGAUCCCCAUGGUAUAAGCUUCAAAGGGAGUGGGCAGGCAAGUUAGGAGGGGAGUCCAUUGUGGCUGUCCCAACUCUUGUUUAAAACUACAGUUCCCAUCGUGCUCCAUGAUGAGACCUGGUGGCAGCUGUAGCCCGGAGGGAUUUGGAAAACCUUUGGCUGCCCAUCCCCUUUUGGAAGCUAUUGUGAAAGUAGUUGAGAUGCACUUUGAUACCUUCUUCGGGUCUUUUUACAAAACUUCAUCCGUAAAGGAUUCGGAUCGUGAUCUUUGCCAUGCCAGCCUGUACGGCUUUCUGCCCUUUCCAACUCAUGAGCUUCUGUUUGGGGCAGAAGGCAAGGAGGACCCCAUCCUAUGCAUGAUUGAUUAGGGCAGGAUUGUAUCCCAGGAAGGAAGAAGCAAUGCCGCAGCUAAGUAUAGGAAAGUUACUUUUUUUUUCAACUGGGAGAUUCUGGGACCUACAGUCUUUUUUUCAAAAAAAAACAUAAAUUUUCAAGGCACCCACUGGCGGCUUCUCUCUAGUGUGGUGCAUCUUAAAAGCCAUCCAAUGGCUGAACUCCUGUCAUUUAGCAUAGUAAACCAUAUUAGAGUAAUUCUAUUGGAUCAUUGGGGGUUGGGGGGGGAUCAACUCCUUCAUAAGUUCCAUUGACUCACCAUGAUUUAACUUCAGCCUCGAAGGUCUGUUUGAAUCAGUAGAGCUUAUGGACAUGGUUCCUCAAAUCCUCCAUGAGCCGCUGCCGGUCCACUGCUUACUCGAGUGCAAAUUAGAAUGCUAAGCAACAGGAUUUCAGCCCCCUAAUACUUUUUGUAGGUGUCCCGGGUAAAGUCUUUCAAAAAAAAAACACUACACAGCUGGAAAAUGCUUUUGCAUGCGCAGUGGACGCAUGACGUCAGCUGCUCAGAAACACCCGUGGGGGCAUAUAUGGGGGCAUGCCUUUCCCAACAUGUCAUGUGUCUCUUAGGGGGGGUGUUGGAGAUGAUCAGCUGUGUUAAUAUGCAACUGCACCACUUCUUGCGGUGCAUGUGGAAUGUUUCUGAUCCGUGGCUGAGUGAUGCAUUUUCCAUUUGCAUGCGGCUUCUCUGGAGCGCAUGGUUUGGCGGUUUGGCUAGCAGGUGACUCCCCAGCAGUGGCUCAUGCAUGCGCCCACUUAGAGCAUCGCUUCAACCCCUGUAAACCGGCACUGGAUGGGGUGAGUCUUAAAAGGAGCCCGCCUUGGGAAGAGUUUGCCAAAGAGUCCUUCCUUGUUGACUAAGUGCAAUGUUCAUGUGAAAACCCCUUUUCUGCAUCCUUCAAAAAAGAAAAGAAAAAGCCACAGGACCACAGUCACCUAAAGUCGUUCUGCCUAUGUGUGUACACCUCAGAAAGCAUCACUAGAUGUGGCAAGGAGGCAUGGUGGAUGUCGGCUCACGCCUCCCUGGUAAUGUCUUAUGAAAGAAACAUUGUCAUGUCAUUAUUGUGUCCAGAGCCUCCCUUUCACCGUUUAUUGCCUGCUGCUAGUAAGGAAAGGCAAAAACAAGCAGCUGUGCAUCCUAUCCUGAACGUCUCGACACCAUACAGUCAAAGCCGCUUGGUAUCCCUUUUAACUGCUGCGGUCCGAUCCUGUAGAGACCGGGAGCUUGUGGUUUGUGAAGGAACUGAGAAUUCUCUGCUGUCGUUCAGGGAGAUGCGUGUGAGCCCUCUAAUGGAGAGCUUAAAAGUCCUCUUUCAAACUACAUAUCCCAGGGUUCCCUUGGUGGCACCAUGACAGUCGAAAAUGAUACCCAUAUGGAUAUAACCGUGCAGUGUGAAUGCAUGCCACAUCUUCUCCUAGAGAGAAAAUGAGGGACCCUCAUCAGGAUGCACCUCCACACACCCCCACAUCAUCCUAGCAGGCAAUAUGAAGAGUUCAGUCCUAAAAAGACGGCCUAAACAUAGCAGCCCAAUGAGGGGCCCGGUCACUCAAACGCACGCACACAAACCCAGCUUUUACAGCUAGUUCAAUCGGUUUACACAGUUCUUCCCAACACGAGCACUGAACUCAUCUGUUUUGGAGCUCUCCACAUGAAGUCCUCCUCCUAAUGUUUGGUAUCGAAAAGCAUCCUGGUCCCCUGGUCAAUGAUUUUUAGGAUAGGGACUAGGCUGUUUCCAUGCGGGAUGAUGAUGUUUCAUUCUUGCAGGGUGUGGGGGGUGACUUUUUAUUCAAGCAGAUUCAAGGAGCUACAGUACCUUGAAUCUGCUUGAAUAAUUUUGGUAGCAUCUACCUCGUGCCGCCAAAAUUAUUUUUCCCCCAACCUCCCACCCACAAAUGCAGUGGAAGGUUAUUAUUCCUGCUCUUGGAAAGAACAAACCAACUUGGACUCCUUAAAAAAAGAGAGACAGAGAAAACUUUGGCCUCCCUUCUGCUAGACUGGAGGUAUUCCAAUCCACACCAAUGCAAGAGGAACCUAGCAGGUUGGAGAGCGAUAAAGGCUUAGAGAAAGCAGCACAUACUGUACAGGUUUGGAGCACAGCUGAAUAACAAGUAGGAUUUUUUUUCCCUGUCCUUUGCAGUUCAGCUUGGUAAUUAUGCCAUCAUGUUGCGUCAUGUUGUUACCCGGCUUUGUGUACACCUUGUGUUGUCCCACAAGGUGUACUCAAAGCAGCAAAUGACAACGCGCCAUGUAACAAGGCGUGCUGUCUCUCUCUCCUAGGUAGAGAAAGAGGAAAAGGAAUCUCCCCCAAAUCUCAUUGAAAACAAGAGGGGCUGGACUCUGAUCUACUACACAGACCCUCAGUUGUGAUGAAGAUGUGGCUGCACCACCUGCGGACGGGGUUGGCUUCCCAUUUCAAUCCCCCAGUCAGGAGUUAUUUAAAAAUUAGGGAGUGUCUCCUUGAUGCAGUUUGAUACCACUAUACCAUGGGAGCAUUCAAAGGAAUCCUGAGGUUUGUUGUUUGAUGGAAGACUCUGCUAUGUUUUACAGAAGGGCCAUGUAGCUCUCCGGCAGAGCAUGUUAUGUACCCCAUCCGACGACAAAUUCCAGGAUCGCAUAAGAUGGGGCGGUAACAAGCUAGAGCGGUAUCAAACCUGUGUCAAUUCCUCUAGGUGACAUGUUCAUCCUAUAUUUUAUUGUCUCGCAGGCCAGGGCGCUUUCUUCUGACUUAGGGAAAUCCAGAAACUUUUACUAUCUGAUUGAUGUUUGCAUAAACUUAACCAGAACUGGGUUUCCCCACCCCACCCCCUCUCUUUCAUCCUCCACCUGCAGUCAUGAAUGUUGCCUCGUGGCCUCCCCGACUAUUUACCCCAAAGCUAUGGCCUCAUGGACACCAGGAUUGUGUGCGGUUCGUGGGAUAAACAAACAUUGCAAGCUAAGCUCUGCUUUGCAUCCAUGGGACACCUGUCCAAAAAAAAAGGCAGCUGUCGAACAACUGUAAAACCUGCCUGCCUGAAAUGGACAGGGAGUCUUCUGAAAAGA